GCAGAGCGUGUGUUGUGAACGCGCAUUGAACUACAACUCCCAGCAAGCGAUUCGGUUUUAAACGUCAGGAGCGAGCGGGAGUGCGAACCUCGAAAUAUCUGCCAACGUUCCUACAAACCCGCUGAAGUAUUGAUUAAACACUCCUGUGGCCCCCAUGGCGACCGAUAUUGUUGGGCAGCUGGCCGACUCCCUAGCCCGGACCGGAGUGGAGGAGUGGGAGCUGAGCUACAAGGGCCAGGGCCGGAAGCUGGACAACGCCCAGUCCGUGGAGGAGAUAGUGAAAGAGAUCGAGGAGUUCCAGGGUCUGCAGGCCCUUCGUCUGGAGGGGAACACGAUCGGAGUGGAGGCGGCGCAGGCCAUCGCCAAGGCCCUCCAGACCAAGAGCCAGUUUAAGUGCUGCUACUGGAGUGAUAUGUUCACAGGCCGGCUGCGCUCUGAGAUCCCCCCUGCCCUGAACUCCCUGGGCGACGCCCUGGUGACGGCCGGCGCCCGGCUCAGCGUGCUGGACCUCAGCGACAACGCCUUCGGGCCGGACGGCGUCAAGGGCAUCGAGCGGCUGCUGAAGAGCCGCGCCUGCCACACGCUGCAGGAGCUGAAGCUCAACAACUGCGGCAUGGGCAUCGGCGGGGGCAAGAUUUUGGCAGCAGCUCUGACGGAGUGCCAUAAGAAGUCGAGUGCGUUGGGCGCCCCCCUCAGGCUGAAGGUGUUCAUCGCAGGCAGGAACCGGCUGGAGAACGACGGCGCCAGGGCCCUGGCCCAGGCCUUCCAGCUCAUGGGCAGCCUGGAGGAGGUCCACAUGCCCCAGAACGGCAUCAACCACCCGGGGGUGACGGCGCUGGCCACCGCCAUGCAGCACAACGCCGGCCUCCGUGUGCUCAACCUCAACGACAACACCUUCACCAAGAGGGGCGCCAUCGCCAUGGCCCAGGCCCUGAAACACCUACGCAGCGUCCAGGUGAUCAACUUCGGGGACUGUCUGGUGCGGUCGGAGGGGGCCAUCGCCAUCGCAGAAACCGUGUCGGAAGGACUCCCUAUCCUCAAGGAGCUGAACCUGUCGUUUGGGGAGAUCACCGAGGAGGCCGCUCUGGCACUGGCCCACGCAGUGAAGAGCAAGACCCACCUGGAGAAGCUGGACCUCAACGGGAACGCUCUGGGGGUGGAAGGCUGCGAGGCGCUGAAGGAGGCCAUGCAGAGUAUGAAGAUAGGAGACCUGCUGGGCUCCCUCAGUGAUGACGAGGGUGAGCCAGAAGUCGACGACGAUGAUGAUGAUGAUGACGAUGAGGAGACGGAUGAAGAAGGUGUAGAGGAGGAGGAGGAGGAAGAGGAAGAUGGGGAGGGGGAGGAAGAAGAUGACCAAGAGGAUGAGGAGGAGGAGGAGGAGGAGGAGGAGGAAGAGGAGGAUGAAAGCCCUGGAGUAAAGGUCUCCACCCCGGCCUCGGCCCCGCGCGCCCCUGACGUGUCGUCCUUCCUCAGCUUCCCCUCGCCGGACAAGCUGCUCAAACUAGGGGCCAAGAGGGCUCUACUCAUCGAGGAGCAGGUGGACCUCUCCGACGCCAUGAAGACGGCCCGCGCCUUCCUCACCAUCUCCUCCGUCUACAAGGAGGAGAACGAGGAGGUGAGGACAGCCGUCCUGGACAGCAUCGACGGCGUCCUGAGGAAGGCCUUCUCCAGCCCCUCCUUCCAGGGCUACGACUUCGUCUCGUGUCUGCUGGUGCUGCUGGGGCUCAUUAAGAGCGAGGACAAGGUGAAGCCGGUGCGGGUGGUCCCGGGCCAGCUGGAGGCCCUGGAGCACGUGGUGCGUCAGGACUACUUCCCCCGGGAGAGCGUGGCCGUGCUGGAGGCCUUCAUGUCCCGGUAAGGGCCGGACCGGGUCUGACAUGAGGCCGGGCCCCACCAAGCAACAGCAAGGCCCUGGAGCCGGUGGACGGGGCCCGCAGCGGGCUGCAGACCACCCUGCAGGGCCUCCAGGGGGGCAGCUGAGGGCCCCCCCACCCCCCACCCCGCCCCUAAUGAAGGAAGGACCCCUCAGACCGGACCCUGGAGGGGGGGGCCGAGGGACGCCAGCUCAACCCCCCCCCCCCUUCCCCAGGACCCCAAACUAGUCCUCAACCCCCCAGGACCCAGUCCCCCCCCCAGGACCCAGUCCAGUCCCCCCCCCUGGACCCAGUCCAGUCCCCCCCCCCUGGACCCGGUCCAGCCCCCCCCCCCUGGACCUGGUCUAACCCCCCUCCUGGACCUGGUCUAACCCCCCCCCCCCCCCCUACACACACACACACACUUCUGGGACUCGAUCACACAGCAGAAGUCUGUCGGAGAAACGCACAAACCCGCGCCGGCGAUGGCGCUCUCGUUUUAUAAACCUUCAUUUCAGGGGACCUUCCUUAGGACUAUUAACCUUUAUUUUAUAUUGAGUGUUUAAUCAACAAGUUAAACAAAAAGAAUAAUAAUACACAAAAAAAUCUUUAAUAUGUAAAUGUGUGAAUUGUGUGAACAUGCAACAAAUAAAAUGUUACAAAGGGACAAAGUAUAAAUUGCCAUUUGUCCGUUAAAAAUAAAAAAGUCAGCCUCAA